GCACGAGGAGUGUCAAGUUUGUAUUGACGAACGUCUCUGCGUCUACACGCUCUCCUGGCACGUAGCGUAACGACCUACGUCUACUUAGCGCCACUCUUGGCAGUGGAACGAAACAAGCGGCAACAUUAUCUUGAUUAAAAUGUAUCCCUAUUGGAUUUCAAUAAGCUUUUCCCUCGCCAGGUCUACCUUCUAACAACGCAAUUAUGUGCCUGCGCAAACAAAAGAGAAAUCUGGGCUGUAGGCGUGUGAUGUCAUUACCGCUUCCCGGCUCAUCCCCGUUCGGUGGCUGGGACCUAAUACCUUUACAGGUGUAUUGUGUGUUGUAAUGUCACCCGUGUGUUCUAAUGUCUCCUUUACAGGUGUAUUGUGUGCUGUAGCUAAUGCGCGCGCAGCAUGGUGGGGCGAGCUAAUGGGACUAUGAGAAUACCAGGAGUCCUUCCAGUCUAAGAGAUAUAUCUCCUCCAAUGUCUGCUUGUAUUGAUUAUGGACAUGGGACGGAAGGUGAACACACAUGACAUUCGUUAACCAUUAAUAUCAGGUCUACAUUUACUUCACUGUCCAAAAGUGGAUUACAAAUGAGGUUGAAAAAACAACAACCCAUUCAAUAAAUAUUAGAGCCCUCAGCCGCGGUUCGUUAAGGGUGCGUCAGGUAAUGUCAAUCCGUGGAGAUGGACAAGGGGAAAGGGAUAGGGAAGGAAGGGAGGCAGGAAGGACGGAAGGAAGGAAGGAGGAGAGGAAGGAAAUAACUCUCCGGUGUCGCCUGUCUCCCGUCAGCUCGCGCUACUGUGCGGAAGGCUGGUCGCGAGCCUCCGUCUCCAGCAGCGUAGCGCACGCCGAGUGCUGCUCGACAGAGAGAGUGCGCGUGCACCAUCCGCCUGUCACUACGCUCAAGCGCACGAGACAUUUCUGUGCGCGUUUUUAGGCGACGACUACGGCACGCGGGAGUUUAAAGGAUUGCCGCGCGGUGAACGGCAGCUGUUUUGUUUGACUCCAUCUAUAUAUUUCCCUACGCGCGUUUGACCGUUCCGCGGUACACGGGCCAUGGAGAACACAGUCAGAAACAGUUCUGAUUUUGUUUACCUGAGUCGGUUCUCCGGUCCCGCCAUGCUGUUCAACAGCACGAUGUGUCGGAACCAGACGGACGGUAACAACACCUCGCGGUGUGAGCCGGACCACGCAGCGACCGGCAACUUCGACGGCGGCGACACAACUCCGGUGAUCAUCGCGAUUGUCAUCACCGCGCUCUACUCCAUCGUGUGUGUUGUCGGGCUGGUGGGCAACGUGUUGGUCAUGUAUGUCAUCAUUAGAUACACCAAGAUGAAGACGGCCACCAACAUCUACAUCUUUAACCUUGCGCUGGCGGACGCGCUGGCCACGAGCACGCUGCCCUUCCAGAGCGUAAACUACCUGAUGGGCACCUGGCCCUUUGGCGACGUGGUCUGCAAGAUGGUGCUGUCCAUCGACUACUACAACAUGUUCACCUCCAUCUUCACGCUCACCACCAUGAGCAUCGACCGCUACAUCGCCGUGUGCCACCCCGUCAAGGCGCUGGACUUCAGGACGCCGCAGAACGCCAAGAUCGUCAACAUCUGCAACUGGAUCCUCUCCUCGGCCAUCGGCCUGCCCGUCAUGUUCAUGGCCGCCACCAUCCUGCCCAAGCCCCAUUCCGACAUUGUCGACUGCACCCUGGUGUGCCCCCACCCCUCCUGGUACUGGGAGAACCUGCUGAAGAUCUGUGUCUUCAUCUUUGCCUUCAUCAUGCCCGUCCUCAUCAUCACUGUGUGCUACGGCCUGAUGAUUCUGCGGCUGAAGAGCGUGCGCAUGCUGUCUGGCUCCAAGGAGAAAGAUCGGAACCUGCGUCGGAUCACGCGCAUGGUCCUGGUGGUGGUGGCCGUCUUCAUCAUCUGCUGGACGCCCAUCCACAUCUUCGUCAUCAUCAAGGCCCUGGUGACAUUCCCCGACUCCCUGCUGCAGACGGUCACAUGGCACUUCUGCAUCGCUGGCUACACCAACAGUAGUCUGAACCCCGUGCUCUACGCCUUCCUGGACGAGAACUUCAAGAGGUGCUUCCGUGAGUUCUGUACCCCGAGCCCGUCCGUGCUGGAGCUCCAGAACUCCUCCCGCAUCGGCACGGCCCACCGCCACCUCCAGCAGGGGGACAACAACAGCGCCAACACGGGGGAGAGGACCAAUCCACAGGUAUGACUAGCCUUGGAGGGGUCGUCAGUGGAUUCACGCGGCUGUGGCGGCGUUGCCCAUGACGACCUCACCUCAGAGGUCACACAGGUCACCAUGGGGCUUUGACCGACCAACGGCAGAGACCGUUGGUCGGUCCAUGUGACCGCAGGGGCCGACAGCAGGGACCGGUAUGGCGCGUUGUCGUGAAAACCGGUGGCUAAACGGCUUCCAUUACCAGAGGGAACGUGACACCAGACGACAUGACAGACGACUUCAAGGGCCGCUACUGCAUGGCGACCCCCCCCCACACACCCCUUACUCCUUUUAUAGCUGUCCACGUAGCCGCAAUUACUCUCAAGUCUUAAUACGGUUCAAUCGACUCUUGAAAUAGCUUGAGCCAAGCUUUUUUUUUCUCUCUCUGUCUCUCUGUCUCUCUCUCUCUCUCUCUCUCUCUCUCUCUCUCUCUCUC